CACACACACACACACACACACACACACACACACACACACACACACACACACACACACACACACAGGGGAUCAUGCAAGGCUACAAGCUUGUUUUCAAGAUGAAAAGACCCAUCAUCUCGCCCUUCCUGGUCACCAUACUCCUACAGUCAGCUACCAGCAUCUUGGUGGAAAAGGUGGUAGUGCCACCAGUGGUCCUUGCUGGUCGACGGGCGACCCUAGAGUGCCACUACCAGGAAGAUGGAGACAAACUAUACUCUCUUAAGUGGUGGAGAGGCGACGAGGAGUUCUACCAGUACAUCCCCCCCAUCAGGAAGGACUUCCCGGCCACAGGCGUUACUGUCAACUUGACAGCCACCAACUCCCUCAAUUUUGGCAACGACGGGCAAGAGGUGGUAGUUCUGGAUGAAGUUGGUCUCGACACUGCCGGCGUCUACAAGUGCGAGGUCCUCGCUGAGCACAGCUUCGAGACGGUGUUUAAACAGGCCAACAUGACUGUAAUAUACGAACCGGACGGUCCGCCGGUGAUCACCACAGCUCCUGGGACUGAGAGCAACAAUAUAACAGCAGGCCAGAGAGUCUUCCUCAUCUGCACCUCUCCACCGGCCAGCCCUCCACCGGUCCUUACUUGGUCUAUCAACGAGAGACGUGUGGAUCCAUCAUGGGUAACAACAUACUCCCCAGUGUUCAAACGAAAAAUGGCCCGGGCUAAAUCUAGACUAGAAUUCACCGUCAGCAGCAAACUGAUUGCCUCGGGCAGAGAUCUCGCUGUGAAGUGCUCGGCGACCCAAACUGGAAUGAGCUCUAGUAGUGCGGGUAGCGAAGACUACCGUACAUUGAACUCCUACGAGCAGAGUGUCUACCUUAUCCUAAGGCCAUCGCCACCCUUGUCGUUCUGGGGGCGUAUCUUCAGCAGUGGUUCAAGUGUGCACGUCUGCCUACAGCACCAUCACAACCUCCUCCUGCUGGUGAUAGCUGUGCUGGCGCCCCCGGCUCUCGCCACACACGGCUGAGAUCUCUCUCUUUACCCCUCUGCUGACUGCUCAUCAUGCUAUAUAUGUAUAUAUAAACAUUCCGCCACAGUAGGUACGGUGCUUAACACCGCUUUUGGUUGAUUGACCAGGCUUUUCAGCCCCAAUACUAAACCAAACUGCAGUAGGGUUAAGUCCAUCAAUAAAAGCUUAUUUACUGACCAACCAGCAAAUCUACUUUAGUCCUGAUUAUAAUGCAGAACUAAAGUUAACUGUGUGUAUACACAGAAGCGGUGAUCUGUUAAUCACACACGGUGAUUAACAGAUCACCGUGUGUACACGGUGAUCUGUUAAAUCACUGCUUUUGUUAUGGGGUUAUGCCUAUCUCUGCUGCUGGGAGCUCGCGUUACCAGUUACCACAUAAGUAGUUUGCUUGACCAUCCAAUAUUCAUACUUUAGUCUUAAAUUUAGAUUUAUUGCAAAUUUUAAUUCUAUAUACUUCUAAUUAGACAACUCUGAGGGCAUAUUAUUGUGUCCAUAUUAACUUUUGUUUUAAACUCUACAAUGAAAUUUCCUGUAGAAGUGGAGGCGUGAAAGAAUUCGUUUUUCCAUCGUCUUGUGUGGUCAAAUAACACAAUAGAACAGUCUCUAUUUUAUAAGUCUUUCUCUGCAGUUUUAGUUUUAAAGACUACUCAAACUAAAUGAAAGUUUAUAUUUCUGAGCGAAGUUAAGCAUGCUAUUUCAACUCUGAUCGUUAAAUGCUAUUUUGUGAAGCUGGAUCCAACAUGGAGAAGGAAUUAUAGUUUAAGAUGCACCUUUAUUUUUUUUUUAUUCAAGAAGCGAAUAAUUUAUUAAAGUUAAGUGUUCGUAGGUCACAAAACAAGUUUGCUGUCACAAGUGUACAAACGUGUUAAAUACAGAGACUGACGUAAAUUUUUAUUAAAAACCGAUCAUGCUAACAUUUUAAAGUUGGUAGAGCCAAAUUUAAGAUUGGUAAUAACAUUCCUACUAUAAUUGAGUGUAGUCUUCCGAAUAUUAAAGGGAAGUUGGAAUUAGUUAAAUGUAUGUACAAUGUAUAUUGAUGAAAUAAUUAAAAAAAUUGUAAUGGAUAAUAAGAUGACCGAAAUAGAGGUCAAAAUGACUAGAGGGGAAAACUUUAGGCCGUUCACGGAAUUUAAGUCCACCAGUAAGAACCCCCACCCCCAAAUAGUUUUAAGUGUGUCUUUCUGUGAAAGAUCAAAGCAUCUAUAUUACCACCUCAUUUUACUUGGCUCGAGUGUUUAUAAAACAAAGUAAAAUCCAGUUCUAAUUUUUUUUUAAAUACCCGGUAGUUGAACUUGAUUUGGCUCUCGGGCACACUUUGAUAUAUGAUAUGGGUGGAGUAUUUCAGUGUUCCCCAUCUUGCUAUGUCUGCUAUUAACAGACUCUACAUAUCUCCUUUUUAAUCACAUUUUCUAUGCUGUUUGCUGCUCAACAAUAUCUACUAGUCUGUCCGCUAGUAAUUCGUCUUUCUAGCUGCGGUUACAAGAUUUGUGUUCGGUUAGGUCUCCUUUUUUUCUUCUUCUUUGUCUGGUCUGUCUUCAUCGAUCUCUGUCCAACAGUGUUAUUCCUUGACUUAAACCUUACACAGCUGCUGUUAAUUGUUCAGAUCGUUCCCUUGCAGUGCUGCUGUUUUUCAGUAUGAUUGUAGGUUCUUGCUCAUUUGUACUUGUGUGCUAUGAAGCAUUGUAAUGUUAAAUUAGUUAUCUGCUGGCUAAUAUUCAAUGACAACAUUGUUCAGAUUUAAAACAUCCAGUUUUCUUUAUUGUACAUGAAGCUAAAUAACUUGUAAACAUGAUUACAAAAAAACAGAA